AUGUCCGUGGACCGGGCGCUCGAUGUUGUCGACUUUGGGGUCAGACCAAGCCCUCACUGCCCUGAUCCGACCUCUAACACGAUUACAGUGUUACGACAACAACGAUUGGGCAGAAAAUGCUCGUAUUGCGACGGAAGGAAGUGCUGCUGAGGGGAGGGUACAUAACAAACGCGAUGAGGCACUGGAGCAAUUGCAGAAUCGAUUGGGAGCAGCGGGCUAGCGGUGAAAUAUCGCAGCCCUGACACGAACCGACAAUCAUAGACGGUACAUCGAUACGCUAGUCACUGCAAGUCUCCUGCGAGCCCUGCGAGCCGCUACUAGUAUCUGUCUCUUGCGACUCGUUUUCGGGGCCUGUAGGGAGGAGGGCCGGGAUCCCCAGGAUUUCGUCAUCUGCUGGUAAGAAAUUCGGCCUCGCAUCAACUACGACGUCGAAGUCGACGGGAGUCCCCGGACCGUCGAAACGAAUGCCGCGUACUUCCAAUCAUCAGUGA